GGGUCGGCCGAAGCCUGAACCGAAGGAGCGGGCAUGAGGCGCUGCCCGUGCCGGGGGAGCCUGAGUGAGGCGGAGGCCCGGGCGCUGCCCGUGGCAGCCCGCAUGGGGUUGGAGGCGCCGCGAGGAGGACGGCGGCGGCAGCCGGGACAGCAGCGACCUGGGCCCGGCGCAGGGGGCCUGGCGGGGCGGCCGGAGUGGGGCGGGCCCUGGGCCCGGACUGCGGGGUCCAGCCUCCACACCGAGCCCGAGAAGGCCGGCCUCGGGCCUGAUCCGUGGACAGAUGGUCCACAGACAGAAUUCUGGACAGACGGACAGACUGAGCCCGAAGCAGCUGGCCUCGGAGCAGAGACGGAGAGGCCCAGUCAAAAGACGGAGCCAGACAGGUCCAACCUCCAGAUACAUCCAGAAAGGAGCUGGUCACAGUUGGAGACGACCAGUCGCUGGACGGAGACUGAGACAGAUGGCUUUGGGACUGAUCUGCACAGGUCAGACCUCCAGUCGCAGCUAGAGAGGGCCAGCCUCUGGACACAGCCAGGAAUUGAUGGGCCCUGGAUAGAGCUAGAAACACAUGGGUCACAAACUCAGCCAGAAUGGGUCAAGCCCUGGGUCAAUAACCUCUGGACCCGCCAGAGCAGGUCCAACCUCCGGACUCACCCAGAGGGAGCCUGUCCCUCAACAGAGCCAAGUGCGGAUGGCUCUUGGAAAGAAUUGUACACUGAUGGCUCCAGGACACAACAGGAUACUGAAGAUCCCUGGACUGAGGUACACAUUGAUGGCUCCAAGACACGACAGGAUACUGAAACAGCCAGGAAACAGCCUGACACAAGUAGUUUCCCAAUACAAGAUACUGAUGGCUCCCGGACACAGCCUGGCACUGAUGGUCCCCACACAGCACCUGGGACAGACUGCCUUUUGGGAGAGCCUGAUGAUGGCCAAUUAGAGGAACCAGAACCUGAGGAGUUGUUGACUCAUCUGUCCUCUCACCUGAAGUGUAGCCCCCUGUGCCCCGUGCCCCGCCUCAUCAUCACCCCUGAGACUCCUGAGCCUGAGGCCCAGCCAGUGGGACUCCCCUCCAGGGUCGAGGGAGGCAGUGGUGGCUUUUCCUCUGCCUCCUCUUUCGACGAGUCGGAGGAUGAUGUGGUGGCCGGGGGCGGAGGUGCCAGCGAUCCUGAGGACAGGUCUGGGAGCAAACCAUGGAAGAAGCUGAAGACUGUUCUGAAGUAUUCGCCCUUCGUGGUCUCCUUCCGAAAACACUACCCUUGGGUCCAGCUCUCUGGACACGCCGGGAACUUCCAGGCAGGAGAGGAUGGUCGGAUUCUGAAACGCUUCUGUCAGUGUGAGCAGCGCAGCCUGGAACAGCUGAUGAAAGACCCCUUGCGGCCUUUUGUGCCCACCUACUAUGGCGUGGUGCAGCAGGAUGGCCAGACCUUCAACCAGAUGGAAGAUCUCCUGGCAGACUUCGAGGGCCCCUCCAUUAUGGACUGCAAGAUGGGCAGCAGGACCUACCUGGAGGAGGAGCUGGUGAAGGCACGGGAACGGCCAAGGCCCCGGAAGGACAUGUAUGAGAAGAUGGUGGCUGUGGACCCCGGGGCACCCACCCCCGAGGAGCAUGCCCAGGGUGCGGUCACCAAGCCCCGCUACAUGCAGUGGAGGGAAACCAUGAGCUCGACCUCCACCCUGGGCUUCCGGAUCGAGGGCAUCAAGAAAGCUGAUGGGACCUGCAACACCAACUUCAAGAAGACGCAGGCGCUGGAACAGGUGACAAAGGUGUUGGAGGACUUUGUGGACGGGGACUAUGGAAUCCUGAGACAGUACGUGGCACGCCUGGAAGAACUUCGUGAUGCUCUGGAGAACUCCCCCUUCUUCAGGACCCACGAGGUGGUGGGCAGCUCCCUCCUGUUUGUGCACGACCACACCGGCCUGGCCAACGUCUGGAUGAUCGACUUUGGCAAGACGGUGGCCCUGCCUGACCACCAGACGCUCAGCCACAGGCUGCCCUGGGCUGAGGGCAACCGUGAGGACGGCUACCUCUGGGGCUUGGACAACAUGAUCCGCCUCCUUCAGGGUCUGGCCCAGAGUUGACCCACUCAGCUGUCUCCAGGUUUAUCAGAUGGUACCAGUCCGCUGGAGGAGCCCUGAAAUGCCAUGGGGGCCUGAGGUUGGCAACGGGGAAGCUGACCCCCAAGGAUGGGAGAGGUUGUGUCGUAUGCCAACGUACAAAGGCCUUGGGAGACCAGGUAGCAUCUGGUCCCUUUGUGAUACAGGGACUGGAAGGACCAGGGAGGGGGCAUGAUGAGGCUUAUACAGUAAGACAGCAGAAUCAUAACAGGUCCCCAAGGUUUCUCAAGGGCUGCUGGAGGCCACAGCCAAACCACACUGCCCCGAGAGGAAAUAGUUCAGAAUUCACGCGGUCAGGUGUGCCACGGUGCCUGCGGCUGUGUAACCUGCCUCCUUGUCAGCCCCUCCCAGCAGCAAGCUGGCUCCCCAAGGCCAGGGCCUGGGUCAGGUUCCCCUCUGGUGCCCCAGAGAAUGAGGCAUUGUUUGUGAACAAAUGCAGGAGCCACUUGUCCACCUGGGGAGAGUGACAGCCCAACUCUUCAUCUGGGAGCCAUUCAAGGACUGGGCAGCAGAGGGUUUGACACCUUGGGAGGACUGAUGGCGCUGGGUGGGGCACAGUGCCCUGUUGUUCUGCCCUGCCAUGGCCUUCUGAUCCUCCCUACUCCUCGGGGGACUCUGCUGACCUCCUGCAGAUCCAGAGCACAGCCACAUCCCAGCACUGUGACGGUAUCACCUGGCUCCUCAGUACCGCAGGUCUAGCCUCAAGACUUCCUCCUUCUGCCCUGCCCUGGGCUUUUCUGUCUCCUUCCUCCUAGCAAAUUGCAUGGCAGAAAGGAGGCUGGGGGAAGGAGAGCAGGUGUCCUCCUGUGACUCACAGUUGCCUUGCUCAGGGGGGCCCCCAGUCCAUCACGGGCCCCCGUGAAACGUGUCAGGCAUGGGCCCAAGGCACAGGGUGACCGGGUGGGCUGCUGGCCGUGACCCAGGCUUACAGCUUGGUCCAAACCAAAGACUCCAGAACUCUGAGGUGUGGUCAAUGGCCCAUCUGUCCCACUAGUAGCUUUGGCUUCCUGGCCCACAAGAGCAGGCUUGGGAAAGACAGACACCUACCUCUUCCCUAAGCUAAAGCUCGAACACUGUCUUCCAGGGCUGAGGAGACGUACUCCUUUUCUACUGACCAUCUUUAUACUUAUUUAUACAAGAGGUAGUUGUUAGGUGGGGGGUGUGGGGAAGCAGGAGGCACAUGGCAUUGCUGUGCCUCCUGCCCAUGAUGACACCCAAUAAACAUGACACUCUAAGUCA